UUCUUUCCCACAGCGCCCGCGCGCGCUGGCAGCAGGUGCGUCGCCCUUGUGGCACCUUGACCGUUGGCGCCCGGAAAUACUUUCCGGCGCGCAUCUUCCCACGGCGCGCAGCUACUAAGGCCGGGCAUGGUGCCCGCCCAUGCCGAAACAUGGGCCGGGCUCUUUUUAUUUGGUUUUGAAGCGGCGCGCAGCGAUUCAAUGCUGGCGCCACCCUCCCCACCGGAACACCUUCACCGAGCAGCCCCCUCCCCGGCGGCCUUCGCCGGGGGGUGGCUGGUUUUUGUUAAUGGACGUCGUCAACGAUUUCGGUUGAAAGCUGAGCUUUCUUCUCGCGGUGUUUUUUGUUGA